UUCUGGGCAGCCUACAGGCGCCCAAGAUGGCGGGCAGCUCGGGGCGGUAGGAAGUGUUGGCGGCGAAGCGCGGUAGAGCGUGGGCCGCGGGCGAGUGUUCGCCAUCUGCGCCGGUGCUGUCCCCGCCAUGAGCAACAUCUACAUCCAGGAGCCGCCCACCAACGGGAAGGUUUUGCUGAGAACUACAGCAGGAGAGAUAGAUAUAGAAUUAUGGUCAAAAGAAGCACCGAAAGCAUGCAGGAAUUUCAUUCAACUUUGUAUGGAAGAGUAUUACAAUAACACAAUAUUUCACAGAGUAGUACCUGGCUUUAUAGUGCAAGGGGGUGAUCCCACUGGUACAGGAUCAGGAGGAGAGUCAAUCUAUGGAGCUCCUUUCAAGGAUGAAUUCCACUCACGACUGCGAUUUAAUCGAAGAGGACUUGUUGCUAUGGCAAAUGCUGGGCCCCAUGAUAAUGGAAGUCAAUUUUUCUUUACAUUGGGUCGUGCAGAUGAACUUAACAACAAACACACAAUCUUUGGAAAGGUUACAGGGGAUACAAUAUAUAACAUGUUGCGCCUGGCUGAAGUAGAAGUUGACAAGGAAGAGAGACCUCUCAGUCCGCACAAAAUAAGAAGUACUGAGGUUUUGUUUAAUCCUUUUGAUGACAUUGUCCCAAGACCAAAUAGGAAACUGAAGAAGGAUAAACCAGAAGAAGAAACUAAAAAGUCCAAAGUAAAAGGCACAAAAAACUUCAACCUGCUUUCCUUUGGGGAAGAAGCUGAAGAAGAAGAGGAAGAAGUCAGUAGAGUUAGUCAGAGCAUGAAGGGGAAAAGUAAAAGCAGUCAUGAUCUCCUGAAGGAUGAUCCACAUCUAAGCUCAGUUCCUGCUGUCAAAAGUGAAUCAGCAAAUGAAGAAAAGGAUUUGAGUGAGGACGAAGAACAUGAUGAAGAUGCUGAUAGUGUAGAAGAUGAAGUUGCUAGUAUUGAGAGAUCUCAAAUAAAGGAACGCAUUGCCAAGAAAUUGAAACUUGAUACUAGUGAAAAUGCUAAACAUCAACUUCAAGAGGAAGAAACUAAGACAGAAAGGAAAACAACUAGUCGCAGUGAGGAGCUACGAAAGGAAGCACGACAGCUGAAACGUGAACUGCUGGAAGCAAAGCAGAAGAAAGAAGAAAGAGCUUUAAGACCCAAAGAGAAAGAAGAGGAGGAACCUGCUCCAAACAGUGUUGUUGAAGAAUACCUUCAAGAGAAGAGAAAAUAUGAAGACAAGCGAAAGCAGCAGCCAAAGAAAGGAGUUUCUCGUGAAGAUCAGACACUGGCAUUGUUGGACCGAUUUAAAUCAAAGUUAACCCAGGCGAUUGAAGAGACUCCUGAAAAUGAGCUUUCCGAACCUGAUGUAGAUAAUGAUGAAGGAUGGAUGUCACAUGUGCUUCAGUUUGAAGACAGAAGCAGAAAGGUGAAAGAUGCAAGCAUGCAGGAUGAAGACACUUUUGAGAUCUAUGAUCCACGGAAUCCUGUAACUAAGAGGAGAAGAGAAGAAAGCAAGAAGAUAAUGAGAGAAAAAAAGGAAAGGAGAUAAAAGGAGUGUAAAGCUAGCCAGAUCUGCCUUGGAAAGUGACUCCAAUAAAGCACUGACUCUUUUGCAAGCUGAUCCUAAAAAUACCACUGGACAAGUGUGAAAAGGAAUCUCUGAAGAAGCUGUCUUGCAGUUUUGAAGCAGAGUUAUCAUUUAUUUCUUAAGUUGUGCAGUCAAGUGCUCUCACUGCAUUCAUUAUUCAACCUCUCUAAAGGUUUUUAGAAUUACAUAUUUAAUAAAACAGCUGACUUGACUUUUGUCUAUGUUUUAAUUACAAUAGUCAAAAUAAUUGUUUAAUCAAAAUAUGGUAAUCAAAAAGUUUUCAGCAUAAUGAGUGAGAAUUUCUCUAAGCAAGAGUGAAGUUAGACAAUGGAAGCCCCAUCUGCAGGCUUUUAAGAUUUUAUGAAAGUACAAUUUUAAUUAUUUUUAUUAUUUUUUUAAAAGCAUGUAAACUUUGCCUGUCUGAACCACUCUGACACAGAAUUAAAAUGAUGAAGUACUUUUCAGAAUAGUCACAGCUUUCUUGAAACAACUAAGUUUAAUUUGAAAUCUAGUUAUUGCCUCCCUCUUUUGAAAUACACAUUCCGGCACAGAUCAUGGGAUGAUACAUUUUAAGUGGCUUAUUUCACUGUCCAUACCACAUGAAUAAUAAAAGUGAAUCCGAA